AAAUAUAGAAGUGUUAAAAAGCCGCAAGAAACAAUUGCCGACAGACUUGCUGAACAUGUGUCAGAAGAAUCACAAACAAAGAAUCAAGUAAUCGGUGACGAAGCCAAAGUUAAUUUUCUAAAAUGCGCAGAACAGUUCGUUAAUUAUCAAAAAUCAUUCGCGACUGAAAAGCCGCUGUUUAAACACGAAGUAUUCGAAGCAAUGGCAGUAGCAGUAACAAAAAUGACCGAUGUUUUGAGUUCGCAAAGGUACGCAAGCCACAAGCUAGAGAAAUUGUCAGUUCCCAUUUGGGAUAGUGUUAGAAAGUCUUGCACAACUUGGAAGCACGAAUUGUCAGUACGGGAUGAAUAAGUAUAAACAAGACAAAAAUGAAAGAUUGCAAAGGUUUCGGAAAAUAUUACCUUAA